AUGUUCUCGUCCAAAAAAGAGGAUGAUCGCUAUUCACUCUUAGCAGACGUUGAAGACCACGAUAGAUCCAGGGAAGAAAUUGACAAAGAUGAUGAACUAGCGUGGAGGAACAAGCAAUCGUAUUUGUCAUAUUUACAACGACCUAUAUUAAUCCCAUUGCUUGUUCUCAUCAUCUCUGCGCUGUCGGUGACCGUGGUCAUUCUGUCUCUUGCGACACCGAAAGGAUGCCGACACCCUCGGAUUCGACGAGAGUGGAGGACAUACAGCAAGACUGAGAGACAAGCAUAUGUGGAUGCGGCAGUCUGUUUGACACGGACGCAAUCACCGACUGACUCCCGAGUCUCUAUUCAUGACGACUUUUCAUAUCUGCAUAGCCGCAUUGGCAACUACUCACACGACGCUGCCCCAUUCCUCCCAUGGCACCGCUAUUUUAUCCACGCGUACGAAAAGGCAUUGAAAGAUCACUGUGGCUACAAGGGGACUCUGCCUUAUUGGGACUGGUCAAAAGACUACGAAAACGUCCUGGAAUCGCCAAUAUGGGACACCGAUGCUGGAUUCGGGCCUAACGGUGACCCAACAGGCCCAGAAGGCGUCUCGAAAGGACAUUGCGUGAGAAACGGUUCAUUCGCUGGCUGGACACCAGCAUGGUAUCAAGGCGAGUAUCGCCCGCAUUGCCUGUCUCGCGGUUUUCUAGACGUGGUUACAGCGGAAAAGGUGAGCGCACGCACAGUUAAGCCAGAGAUUUUGGAAGCGGUAGUCGUCGACGAGCCGAAUUUCUUCAACUUCACUUUGCACGUGGAGGACGUUUCUCAUCUCACUGUUCCUUUCCUUGUUCAUGGUGAUUUCAGGAGAAUCACGGCGCCCAAUGAUCCUGUUUUCUUUUUACACCAUUCUCAGAUUGAUCGUCUUUGGUGGAGCUGGCAGAAGUACUCUGGUGAUAGAUUCCUGCAGUACAGUGGCCCUGCGCAGCUUGGUGGGGAUGAGGAGGGCAUGCUUACUGAUUUACUCGAGUAUGGUGGUUUCCUGCCCCUUAAUCCCAGUGUCGGCGAUCUCAUGGACACGGAAGGAGAUCUCUUAUGUUAUCGUUACGAUGUGGGCGUAGUAGGAUCACAUUGA